GGGAGAAUCAAGUUUUUGCUUAUGACAAUUCAAUAAUUCUGCCGAAAACCUACUCCGGCCCCGGCCAGGACCCCGCACUGAAAUUCCCCAUCAUCGGGUAAAGAACGGGUUGUGCGUGAAUCUACUUAUAGACCACACAGCUGCAUGGUCUACAAAGAUGUUUAACAUAUCGCUUGAAGACUCAGCUCGACUCUUUUGAUCACUUAGUAAGAUAAAGAGAACAUAGACUGACACUAUGACAUCCAUCGACCCAAACACCAACACCGCUUAUGCGACCAUGGACUGGGAAUACUACCACCAGGGCCGUCCCCCAUACCCUCCUUCUUUGACUUCACUUAUCUAUACCUAUCGACGCCUCCAUCCUCACACUCGCUGGGAGCGCCUGGUUGAUAUCGGCGCUGGUUCGGGAAUAGCCACCACCAACUUUAUGGCCGACUUUCAAAUCAUCCAUAUCUCAGAUCCCAGUCCAUCGAACGAGUCCCAGGCGAGGGUAUUUCUUCCUAAGUGGGCGGCGAAACAUGGCCUACAACCCACUUUUGAGUACGCCCAGGGCGUGGGUGAAGAAGCGUACCUCCAUACUGGUGAAAGCCAGGUGGACAUGGUGAUAUGUGCAACUGCUGCACAUUUCAUGGACCCGGACGGCCUGGUUACCUCUGUUGGAAAGAUGCUCCGACCGGGUGGAACAAUGGCAAUCUUUAGCUAUUGGCUACCUACGUUCCCCAAGCAGUCUGAAAUCUUCCACAAAGUCUUCUCGGCCGUCUUUGAAAAGGUUCUCAUGCAGCAGCUACAGGAGGAUGCCCCUCUGACGACUCAGGGAGAACUGAUGUACAACCUGGCACGGCGCCAAGGAGCUGGUGAAGGAGUGUUAGACUCACUUCCUGUGCCAGAAGAAUUGUUCGAGGAUCCUGUCCGGGUGUACAUCAACUCCGCCAAGGAUGGCAGGUUGGCCUACCAAGAGUAUUUUGCGAAACACUAUCCCGCUGGCUUUCGGCCCGAGGAAUACAAUCGGAUGGGUGACAGAGACAAGAAAGUCAGAUAUAAUACUGGUAUCGACGAUGAAGCUGAGGGGUGGGAGUUCGAGGUAGACAAGGAGUGGCUCAUUACGUAUCUGAACACCGUCUUGCCACCACAGCAGAAGCUCGAGGGCGAGACUGCGAAAGUCCUGCUCGCUGACUGGGACCGGGUUUUUGAGGAAGAAUGUCCGAGUGGGCGGCUACUCGUCCAAUGGACGGCAAAUCUGGUGCUGGGAACGCGGAAAUGAGAAGACACUAGCUGCGCAGUGUAUGGGGUGAUUUCAAAAACGGG